CCUCCGAACACACUCUGCAUUUCUUUUCGCUGCAAAUCAUUGCCAAUUCUCCGGGACAUCUGCUUUCCAUACGAAAGCCGAGCGGGGGUGACGGCUGCAAACAACCAACACCGUCGAGGUGCGGUCGGUGACCGGACAUUUUCGUUGAGAAACCAAAUCCUAAUUUGCCUCAGGAGGUUCGGUCUCUCUUCCGCUGCAGGUAAGCUGCAGUCUAUCGGUCAGCUCCCAUCCUCUCACGCUGCCGCUGCUCUCGGAGUUUAUGUGGGCGUGAAGAAGGCUGUAAAGCAUUGGUAUAUUAACUGUGGUAGUCUCCUUCCUCAUUCAAGUCUGUUCGAACGAGUCUGUCUGCCUAUGCCUAUCAACGACGCUGGAGAACCUAUGCAGUUGCGGCGUCGGUUCGGAGAGAGUUAUGUCGCAAAGGGAACUGCUCGCCAGCACACCGAUACAGAGACUCCCAGUUCUCUGAAACAACGCCACCGCAUAGACGCCGCGUCUGGAUCCCCAGUCCUUCCUUGAUAACACAAAAGGCGUGGAAACGCAGACCGACAGGAAGCCCAGAUGUCUGCGUGCAUCUGCAAACGCUGUGAUAAACGCAUGAAACGGCAGGACAAAAGAUAUGUUUCCUUUCCCUCAGCCUCACGGUCCAGGAGAACCGAUUUUCACACUCCAUUAUACUCCACCCGUCGCCGCGAGUAAAAAUAACGGACAGUUGCGUGCAGGUGUGUGUCACCUGUCCUAUUUGAGGUGAUGUGCAAUCCUGAUGUGGAGGGGCACCAGCCGCCCGUGGAAGUCUCAGACAGCAAGAGGAGUUCGAUGAGACACAAAGAGAGACAGAAAGUACAAGAGAGUAAGGAGAAAAAGAGAAAGAAGGAGAAAUAGUCGAAACAAGACGUUUACAGGACAGCCGGAGGAGAAGGUCUGGGCAGGGUUAGGGCGGAACGAAGCAGUAGAGAGUGGUGACGCUGACGAUACAGGAAAGAGAAUAAAAGAUAAAACGAGGAACGAAAGAGAGCGCGUUUGUUGAGAGGCCAGUACUUCGAACACAAGACGAGAAGAAUGCCGUCGGGAGGCUUUGGCUGCGAAAAAGCGCGCAACGUUGCAGUGCUACGCCAUGGCAAAGACGCAAGAAACAAAGGUUUCUCUCGUGCCAAGGUCUUGGUUUUUCUCUUUUCGAAUUUCAGCGUGUUUCUUGGAAGACUUGUUUCGCUCGGCUUCUUCCGCAGGACCCUCUUCUCAACGUCUGCGUUUCCAUUUCUCGCGAUCUUCUGGAACUUCCGCGUUGUUCUCAGCAAAGCGCUUGCGAGCCUUCUUUCGCCUUUGUGUCUUGGUUUCUCUUCCUGGAACUCCACGAGAAAGAGCAAGGAAGGAAAAAAGAACGAGGCUUCCACUGUCGUUUCCUUCGUUGUCCAUGGGUGUUCUAGACGCCUUCUCAUCUCCACAGAUUUCCAAAGAUUGGAGAUUGACAAGUCCUCAGCUCAAGGAAGAUAUUCGCACAUCUGUAUACGCACAGGCAGCUGCUGAGCA